AUGCCAUCCUUCGGUCGCAUUGGAAAGCACAGUAAUCGUUCCCAGCAUAACCUGGUCGAGCAACAGCAGCAGCAACAGCAUCACCACCACCACCACCUUCUUCAACAACAGCAACAACAACAACAACAACAGCAGCAGCAGCUCUCUUCUCAGCAACACCAGGUGGCGGGCAGUGGAGUUACUGCACCGCCCCAUCAUCUCUCUCAUCAACAGCAAACUGUACCUACCCCCGUUUCUGCUUCUCAGCCUGGGUCUAGUCCACUGAAUCCCGGGGGUCGUCGUGUAUCUGGAACAGGUAUUCCUGUUACAAUUCCCGUGACCAACUCGGGCCCGGUGCCGGUCUCCGUUAACGAUUCUAAUACCACACCUUCUUCAGCCUCGUCAAUCGGCCUUGGUUCUAGUGAGUCCUUUCAACAGCAUCUGUCACAACCACAACCACAACUACAACAUCAACAUCAACAUCAACAGGUCGACAACACGAGGGCCGGUCAAUCGCAAUCAAAGCAGCAAACUCCACACCCCUCACCACGCGGGCACCAACAUACGCACCAUAAUCCAUUAGGUGGCCAGCAACAAAGCCAGGCGGGUCAAGGUCAGCCUCUCGAGGCGUACGGAAACAAUCAAAAUAAUUUAUCCACUAAUUCAAUACCCCUCAACCAAACCCCCGCUGCUUACACCGCGCGUCAACAGCCCCACGAUAAUUUCGCCGAAUUGGUCUCAAGGUCUCAGUCUGCAAGAUACUCACAAUUAAAUCCGCUGCAGACACAACAGUCAUUUGGCAUCGCUUCCAGCUCGGUUGACAACUUACCUCAGACCUUAUCUUCUCCCAUCCCAGCCAGCCAGCCACCAUCUUUACCGCAUAGUCAAACCGCCCCCACUGAGCAGAAGCGAUCAACACGGAAGCUAAUUAAGAACAUCCUCUCCGGCUCUUCUUCCUCAAGUCGGCCCAAUUCUGACCACUAUCAAGACUCUUCCUACGACAGCAGUUCUGGUCUGAAUCGACGGCCAUCCAAGCGGGCAAGCAACACCCCUGUUGUCAGAGGCAACCCUUUAUUGUCGCGGCCUAUCGACCACCCCGAUUGGGUUCCGCCCCAAAGCAGCUCGCGUAGCCACCACUCACCCAUCCAACCUGUACGCGACCUUGAGGACCCCUACUUGACCACCCGUUCUAACCAAGAUAUGUUUUCACAGAAUCACAAAGAGCCAUCUCAAAACACUAUAAGAAAAGUUCCUGCCAGUUCCGAUUCUGACGCCGAAAACUCGUCAUAUAGUCGCGAAGACUUUGCCUACCACCAGCACCAAGCUCAGUUACAAGCCCAGGCCCAAGCCCAAGCCCAGGCUCAGGCUCACGCGCAAGCGCAAGCGGAGCAGCAACAGCAACAGCAAUUAUACGGCGGUCAGGUCGUUCUUGACUCGGUGCAGACCCAGUAUCAGUACGCAGCUCCUUACGAGCAAUAUCCGUCAGAUCGCCGGCCAUCCCUUUUUUCCAAUCAUCUUAGCACGGCGAACUCCCAACCGCCUAAUCCCGAGACCGUUUCGCAGGUGUCACAUGAGUCGCCUGACUCCGAACCAGAGAAUCAGCUCCAACAGCAACAGACACCCGCCAACUCUCAAUCUGCACAGGAUUCACCCGCCGUGAAUUACGUACAACAAGAACUACAGAGCUCACAAAACCAACAGCAAGCUUCGGUGGGAACGGGACAGACCAAAAAUAUGGCACCGCUACCUGGAGGACCUGGGCAGACUCGUAGAUCGGGAGAUAACGAAAAACAGAUGCGCUCCGUUGAGGCUCCCACGGGGCCGCCGCCCGUCUAUAGACAUAGCCAAGGACCCAUGAAUGCAAUGAAUCCUCUCCCGCCCACGCCAAGCGUUUCUAAUACCCCGCAAACCUAUCGUUCUAGCGGCGUCCAAGACCAAGGGCAGUAUGAUAGGGCUGCUCCCGAAGGCGGUCGAAAUAGUCCACAACCAUCGAGCAACGCUGAGCGGGAGGCUGACCCGGAGAAGCAAUUCAAAGACUUAUUAACUAAAUACAAGAACGUCAAGAGGCUGUAUUUCGAUGGCAAGGCUCAGAUCGAGCAGUUAACUUCCCAGGUCGAACAGCUACAAAACGCGGUUGCGAACCAGAGAAUGUCUCAAUCUCGAACAUCGCUGGAUGAUAACGAGUAUUCAACGCGGUUCAACCGACUGAACGGCGCUAUAAACAACCUAUCAUUUAACAUUCGUAAGGAUUGGCGAACGUUACCCGGGUGGAUCGAGAGAUAUGUCAGCUCGGAAGCGAUUAAGACAGGCAAGCAGGAGAUGACUGCUGUCGGGCGUGCGGUCAUUGUACGGUGGCUCGUGGACGAAAUUUUUAACAAGUGCUUCCACCCUGGCCUAGACGUCCACCUCAGCUCCCACCUCAAACAAAUAGAGCAGAAUAUCCGCAGGUUUUCGUACACGCUAAACAGCCAGGAAGAAUACGAUGCAUUAACAGCAAAAGUGGUAAACUGGCGAAUGGCUACCCUGGAGGGUCUCCAACAUCAACUCCACGCGCCCGAAAGCAACGACUAUAAGGCAGAUUUUACUAAGAUGGCUACCGGUAACCUCACGGCAACACUGUUUCAAUAUCUGACGGACCCGCCACCCGCCGGUGUAGACGGUAGCGCAUCGAUGAUCGUUGAAUUAGCAGUGGGCAUUGCGAGUCACCUGCCUAUGGAAAGCCGAGAUGUCGCCAUUACAUACCCGCUACCUGGCGACCCCAUACAGCACGACAUUAUGGAGCCCGAGAAAACUGGACUGCCUCCGUUACCAGAGCCGGUGGAUGAUAUCGAAGAAAACAACGAUAAGGACGGCGACAAGAACGCUGCAGCCAAGCGAGAAAAGACAAAAAGCGGUAUGUUGAAUAUGCUCAGCGGGACAGCUUAUCCCGGGAGCAGGAAAGGCAGCACGGCUUCGGUUAUUACUGACACGACAUCAUCGGCAGCAGCGGCGGCAGCGCAACAACAGCAACAACAGCAACAACAGAUACCACUUAAAGACACUAGCAAAGUUCGAUUUGCAGGCUUUGUGGCGGUUGAGGUUCGAGGCCGACAGGUAUUGGUUAAAGCUCCCGUAUGGACCCUAGCAUGACCGAGUUUACCCCCCGCAUAUAUAAAGAAAGAAAACCUCCGGAUUCUGUGUUUCGAGGACUUAAGAUACCAAUAAUUACUUUUAUUCCCCCCUUUUCCCCAGUCCGAGAAAGAAAGAAAGAAGGGUUUGAACACGAUGAUUAAAUACGAUCCCCGGAGGAUAAAACCAAGCGAUAGGUAGGAAGAGGAUAGGAGGAGUUGGUGGAGGGGGGUGGGGGUAGGCCUAGUUUUAUAUACCGUGGUGGUGAUGAGGCGGUGGUUGGUCUGAAAUCCGCAGUUGAUGUCCCGUCUCCCUUAAUAUGAAGGGGAAGAGAGGGGUGAGUCGAUUGCGUUAGGGUGAGCGGAUGACAGGAUUACCAGAUGCAAUUAUGACGGGAUGAUGGGUGGGUGUACUACCUAACUGCGUGAAAGCAAGCUGCCUGCUCAGAUAGUAGAAUGCUGGAGUUCAUAUAAAUACAAAAUGUAUAAACGCUAAAAAGGCUUUUUACGCUUUAACUACACCCACUAGGUUGUCACCCGCUCACUAGUCAUUAAUUAAUUAGCAUUUCACUAUCAUUAUCACUAUCACUAAUGUUGUUUACAUUUAACUAGCACUAGAACGAAGACUAACACAGGGGACGGAACUUGACUGACU